AUGGCCAACAAACACUUGAUACUUCUCGGAACGCACGGGAGCGAGAUACAUUCGGUGGUAUUCGAUGACGAGGAAAAGACUCUGAAGAGGGGCGUGUCCACAGAGACGGGCAAGCAGCCCAGCUGGCUCAUCAGACACCCAGACCCGCAGCAGCGAGAUCUGGUGUAUGCAAACCAAUGGGUCGAUAGCAAGAUACGCGUGUAUCGACUGGUGGAUGAUCAAGGGCAGUUGGAGCUGUUGGGAGAGGCCGAGAGUGGGGGAGAGGGGCCUACGCACAUGGCGAUACUAAAGGAUGCAUCUCACAUCGUUAUUGCGCAUUAUGUCUCGGGGAACGUGACGCUGCUCCCACUCUCUCCUGAUGGCCUCUUUGCCGAGCUCAAGCCAUCACACUCUUGGACCCCACCUCACGCUCCACAGAAGCAUCAUCGACAACAAUCCUCUCACGUGCACCAAAUUGUACUGUUUGAGGACGAGAUCAUUGUCCCAGAUUUGGGGUCCAAUGUGGUGUGGAGGUUGAAAUGGGAUGGGCAAGAGAUUCAGCUGAAGGGAGAGAUUGGAGGAUUUGAAGAAGGAGAUGGCCCCAGGCAUUGUGUGAUACAUCCCGACGGUCUUUAUAUCUAUGUCCUAAGCGAGAUAUCAUCCCACCUCACCGUCCACGCAUUGUCGACUGCCGGUCCUCCAGUCAAGCGAUUCAGCCUCUUGCCCCCCAAAGAUGACGGUGCUCCGAGGCCGACGGGAGCUUCAGAGAUUGUACUGCUUCCUGCCUUGAGCGCACAUGGUCCUCUGUUGCUGAUAGCUUCCAACCGAGAUUCGCCAGUCUCCGAGAACGAUACGCUCGCCCUAUUCUCGGUAUCUCCAACGCAGGGUGAUCUCAUUUCCAGGAAGGAAGAAGGAUGGGCAAAGGGGCUAGGCAGGCAUCUGAGAGGUGUGAGCAGUGAUGCGAGCGGGCGGUGGGUGGUGGUGCUCGGCAGGGACGCGGGCGGGGUCAAGGUUUUUGAGAGGGCCGGUGAGGACGGGCUUGAGCUGAAGGAGGUUGGCCGUAUGGAGGUAGAUAAUACAGUGGCCCCUCUCUGGGUGUAG